GGGGCGGGAGCGGAGCACGGCGGCCGAGCCGAGCCGAGCCGCGCCGCGCCGCUUCUAAACGAGCGGUGCCACGAUCUUCUUUCUUUCUUUCUUUCUUUCUUUCUUUCUUUCUUUUUUUUUUUUUAAAUAAUAUUAUAUUAUUAUUAUUAUUAUUUAAUUUGUUCCUUUCUGUUUGGAAAGCGGGGGCAGGUGGAGAGAAGGGGGGUGUCCCCGCCCGCCGUGCAGUCGGGAUGCGUCCCGGACGCCGGGCGGCUGCGGCGCAGCGGCGCUGAGCUGAGCUGAGCUGAGCUGAGCUCACCAUGGACAGCUUCGACUUAGCUCUGCUCCAGGAGUGGGACCUGGACUCGCUGUGCGUCUACGAGCCAGACAGAAACGUGCUGCGCAGGAAAGAAUGGGAAAGGAGAAAUCAGGAGGCCCAGCAGGAGGAUGGCACUUUUAACACCAGUUACUCCCUCUUCAGUGAACCGUACAAGACUAACAAGGGGGACGAGCUCUCUAAUCGCAUCCAGAAUACACUGGGCAACUAUGAUGAAAUGAAAGAUUUGUUAACCGACCGAUCAAACCAGAGCCACCUUGUUGGGGUUCCAAAACCUGGGGUUCCUCAGACACCGCUCCCCAAGCCCGAUGAACUUCUUAUUGCAGACUCAAGACCGCCACCUCCUCCCUCCAUUGCCAACACUUCUUCCGCACCAGCAGCCCUACCUGCGCAGCAGAGCAAAAGCACCACGAUGGGUUGGCAGAAAGCUGGGCACAAUGGUGCUUCUGAGGGUCAGCAGAGAGCCAGCAAGCAUGGGCACCGCUCGCUGGAGUCCCACAAGGGUGACUUCAAACUGGCAAACCAAAAAUCCAGUCUGGAGAAACUGAAACGCUAUGCAUCCAGUCCCACCUCCUCCUCCUCCUCCAAUGCCGCCCAGCAAAGCUCACUGAGGGCCACACUAGGUGACAGUGUCAACAGAGUGCAGCAGCCAGCGAAGUUAAAUUGUGGCUCAGAAGGAGGAGCUCAAGUGCAGGAGAGGCCCUCAAAGCACAGCAGUGGCCACUGUGUCCAGAACUUCCCACCAUCUCUUGCUUCAAAGCCCAGUCUGGUUCAGCAGAAACCAACGGCUUAUGUAAGGCCAAUGGACGGUCAAGACCAGGCCCCUGAUGAGUCUCCAAAGCUGAAGCUAUUGACAGAGACAACCAAGUUGUACAGGGGAGUGCCUUCUAACAAGCCUGAUUCAGCCAGGACCAAGUCAAAGAUAACGAAGUUCAACAUUCCGAAGCAAGAAGAGGACAGUGGAACAGGAGAUAACAGCUGCAUUGAAGAAAUAUUGCGGGAGAUGACCCAUUCAUGGCCUCCACCACUGUCAGCUAUUCACACACCAGGGAAGGCAGAGCAAAGCAAGUUUCCCUUUCCAAACAAGGAGUCACAACAGGGAUCUACAGGACACAGCAAUACAAGAAAAAGUGAUGUAGAGCCAAAGAGUCCAGAGAAAGGCGCAACCCAUACAUCAAUGCUAGAAGAUGACCUCAAGUUAAGCAGUGAUGAAGAAGAGAAUGACCAGCAGGCAGCACAGAGAUCUGCUCUCCGCGUUCUGUCUGACAGCAGCCUGGUGGGGCCGCAGUCCAGCACCCGAGCCCCAGGACUCUCCAGCAAGGGGUCGAGCAGCAGCAGCUCCAGUGAGUCUGAGAGCAGCUCGGAGUCUGACUCAGAGAGCGAAAGCAGCUCCAGCGAGAGUGACGGCAGCAAGCCCUCGCAUUACUCCAGCCCAGAGCCCGAGCCACCCUCAUCUAACAAGUGGCAGCUGGACAAGUGGCUGAAUAAAGUUACCCCACACAAAGCACCCAUCCUGACCCACCAUGACGCCUCGGCCCUAGAAGCCCACCCCUACUACGGCCACGUGAAGGCGGAGCGGCAGGAGGACGAGAAGACCCCGGCCCCGGGCCCAGCUGAGCACCGCGGCGUGGAGAGCCGCACCGCCACCGCCUCCACCGCCGCCACCGUCGGGGACGGGCCGCGGCCCAGGACCGCCAACAAAGCACCGGGCAGCAAGGGAGGACGGCAGAAGUCGCCCCCCGCCGCUGACGGCGGGCCGCCCAGGAGGGCAGCGGGGAAGAAGGCACCGCGACGAGCCGAGAGGACCUCCGUCGGAGACGGCUCCCACUGCCGUGGGGCAGAGGAACCCGCCGGGAGCCACGGCUUUCUGGAAAGCGCCGGCAGCGAGGCGCCCAGGGCCCGGCCCGGUGCGAGCGUCGGCGGUGCGGGCUGCAGAGCGGGGCACCGCCGGGAGCCCCGCUCAGCCGCGGCCGGUGAGAAGCGGCGGGCCCGGGGGCCGAGCAAAACGGCGCCCAAAUCCAAGGAGUUCAUAGAGACCGAGUCCUCGUCCUCGUCGUCCUCCUCCGAGUCGGGCUCCGAGUCGGAGCGGGAGGAGCGCCCGCUGCCCAAGGCGCAGGCGGCGGCGGCCGGGGCUGAGCCGCAUGCCAAGGACUUGGGGACGGGAGCCGCCAGCAAAGCCCACGGCGGCUGCAGUGCCUUUGGCUCCAUUAAUGCCAGGACUAAUAGUGAAAUAGCAAAGGAGCUGGAGGAACAGUUUUACACCCUGGUUCCUUUCGGUAGGAAUGAGCUCCUGUCUCCUCUGAAAGACAGUGAUGAGGUAAAGUCGCUGUGGGUCAACAUUGACUUGGCUCUUUUGUCCAGGAUUCCAGAGCGUUUGCCUGAAGAGCCGCUGGCAAUGAGCGCCGGAACAAACCAGGCGGCCAGCAUCCCGCAGGGUGGUGGUGCUGACCUCCCUGCAGAGAAGGGCUUACCGAAAUCUAGAAGGAAACGCAAGUGUGAGAAUGAGGAAGAGUGCAGAGACAUCAAGAAGACUCACUUAGAGCGAGAGAGUUCUUCACGAUUAGCUGCCUCUGCCCACAGCAUCGCAACAGCAAAUCACUGCAAUAUGAAUGAAAAUAGUUUGGCACUACCAAUAAAUAAAAAUGAGAAAGUGCUUCGGUCACCCGUCUCUCCCCUCUCUGAUGCAUCAAAACACAAAUACUCCAACGAUGAUUUAACUUCCUCCAGCAGACCUAAUGGCAGCAGUCUAUUACCUUCCAUCUCCUCCAGCAAAAAGCAUAAGGGUGAAAUCCAGUCACAGCCACAUCUCGGAGACUUCAAUAAAGCAGUUCACACCAAUUCAGAAAAUGUUCUUCUCUGCAAUAAGCCACAAACCCAAACAGAGCCUUGGUCACCUCUGUCCAGCACACCCAGGGACUGCAGAAGGACAAAGCUUAUAUUUGAUGAUAUGCCACGCAAUGCAGAUUACUUUAUGCAGGAAGCUAAACGGAAGAAACAUAAAGCAGAUGCGAUGGUGGAAAAGUUUGGAAAGGCACUGAAUUAUGCAGAAGCAGCACUAUCGUUUAUUGAGUGUGGAAAUGCAAUGGAACAAGGCCCAAUGGAAUCUAAAUCCCCCUAUACAAUGUAUUCAGAAACAGUUGAACUCAUCAGGUACGCAGUGAGACUAAAAACCCACUCAGGCCCCAACGCCACGCCAGAAGACAAGCAGUUGGCAGCACUAUGUUACCGCUGCCUGGCCCUUCUGUACUGGAGGAUGUUCCGACUCAAGAGAGACCAUGCUGUCAAGUAUUCUAAAGCGCUUAUUGAGUAUUUCAAGAAUUCAUCAAAAGCCGCCCAGAACCCAUCUUCUUGGGGCAACAGUGGAAAGAGCACAGGAACUCCAUCACCCAUGUCCCCUAGCCCUUCUCCAGUCAGUUCUGUAGGAUCCCAGGGGAGCACAGGGCCCCCUUCCUCAUCUCCUAUAAUCAGCAUCCCCCAGCGCAUCCAUCAGAUGGCCGCCAACCACGUCAGCAUCACCAACAGCAUCCUGCACAGCUAUGACUACUGGGAGAUGGCUGACAACCUGGCCAAGGAAAAUAGAGAAUUUUUUAACGACUUGGAUGCAUUGAUGGGACCUAUCACCUUGCACAGCAGUAUGGAGCAUUUAGUUCAGUACACUCAACAAGGACUUCACUGGGUGCGGAAUAGCACUCACUUGUCAUAAUGACUGUGUGCCAUUCACAUGGACUAUAUAACCUUCCAUGGAUAAUUCAGUUAUUCUGGACACUGUGCUACAGAAAUAGUCAACCACAGCAUUGAUCCAAACAAAGGUGAAUAUUUCUUCAAUGUUGAGAAGAUGUUUUCUGAGACUAGAUAUGUAUCUGUGCAUAUGUACAAUAUACAAUGAUUUCUCUUCAGAAUAAAUUGUUCUGUGCCACUCUCCAGAAAAUUUUCGUACACUAGAAAGACUAGAAAGAACUGAUCUGAAUGCACAAAUCAUACCCUUUCUAUUCAUGUGCUGAAAAAAUCAGAAACCAAAAUCUCGUGGGGUGAUUGAUUGAACCAAGUGCAAUAAGCACAGAUCCCUAUUCAGGAAAGCUCUCAAUAGACUCUUACCUUUUAAGCUUGUACUGAAAUCCCAUUUGCUUCAGUAGAGCUUAAGCACAUAUACAAGGGUUUUCCUGAACUGAAUGAAUGAGGGCAAAUCUCAGCAACAGAGAACUUAACUGCAAGCGUGGACGCUUCACAGAAGUUCCAAUAUUUAUGUUCCAUCUCCCUGUAACUCCCCAGCUGGGGCACACAGAGGAGUUGCGUAGUAUGCAUUAAGAUGGAGAAAGACAGCAUUCCUUCAGUGUGUGAUAAGUUUUGACAGAUGGCUUGCAUUUCUUUAUCUCCUGUCUUUUUAAAUCACUUGACCUCUUCUUCGGCUCCACACCAACAAUAUAACCUACAAUAAGAGGCAAAAAGCCUGAAAGCAGAUACGCUGAUUGCAUGAACUUUAAAGGAGAUGGUGGGAAACUGCAUUCUGUUACCAACAGUAAACAGAUAAAUGACAAAAAAAAAAUGGCUAACUGCAAUCCACUCACUAAAGAAAAUGUGUUAAUUUCAGCUACAGACAGACAGACAGAUAUCCAUAACACCUGUUGGCUUUGCAUGGGAAGGCUUCAUCUUACAGAUUUUGAUUUUCAUAUCUUUUUCACCUAGCAGAAGCUUGCAGCAUAUUCUUCUAGGCUGUAUGGGAACACUACAUGCAAUUUCCUUUAUCUGGGAAGCAGAGUUUUCUGCUCAUCAGGCUAAGAACUGUUUCCUAUCAUAAUCCUCUCACUCUUCAUGCAUAAUCCUCAACCAGGCUUUAAUGUUUCUUGAUUUGUGGGAUGUUUUCCAUUCCUGUUGACAGGCUGUGUUUUUCGUGCCAGAAGAAUUAAUCCCACAAUGAUUGGAGUUUAAUUUGGGUCAGCUGAGGUCAAGGCCAGUUCAUACCAACUGUGUUUGCCCUUAGCGCAUUUGUGUUCAUUUUCACUGGUUUUGACACAUUUAUUUUUCUUCUUCUGUAUUGGAAAUAUAAUUUUUUGCUUGCUUUGCAAUCAGAUUUGUAGCCCUUACUCAAGUCAGCAGCUCUGAUGACUUCAAUAGACUGUUCUUAUCCAAGUCACUGACUGACCCUUUGAUUGUUGUUUUCUAAUUUAAUUCACAAAUAUUUUAAGGAAGUGUGAGUACAAAAAUCUCUUUCAGUAGACGAUGCAAGUAGAAAUAACCACUGAUAUUGAGGGUUGAUGGAUUGGUCCUUGCUGCCUUUUUUUUCCUCACUGAUUUUGAAGAGAUGCAUUUAAAAAAGAAAAGAUACCAAACAAAGUAGCAUGUUUUCUCAGUAAAACAUCUCUGGAAGCAAAGGCUGUAUUACCCUGUGUUCAAGAACAGGCUGGACAGCAUGCAGAGCUCCAAUACUGGCAUAUUUUUUUUUAUCUAGGCUGCUUACAAUAGGUCUGGCUAUUGCUCAGACUCAGAGCAUCGCCCUGUUCUUUGACACAGCUCAGCAGGGUAACUAUGUAAGGACUGCUCAUCUCCAGGCCAUCCCAAGCCAAUCUUAUGUGCCGACUGGUGCUUGGAUCCUUCCUCCCCAAGAGAACUCCUAAGAUCAGGCUGUGGUAACCUCUUAACACAGACCUGAGUAUUACAGCAUGGCUGGCUUUAAGAGUGAACAUGGGCCUGCCUUUAAAUGAUAAAAUGCACAUCCUCCAAGUCCUUUGUCACUCUUAAUUCCAGCUGUUAACCACCUCAGCAGGAACACAAGUUGUUUGGUCCCAAGUAUCACAGAGAACAUGGUUAGUGCCUUUCUGUUUAUUACUUGCCUGAUCUCCAGCGGUGGGCGUCUACCAUGAUGUACCAGACCAGUAGCAGUGGAUUCUGUCAGCUGCUUCAACAUCAUAUGAAGGUACUGUGGAAUUUCCAAUAGAAUUGGAGUCACUAAUUGGAUUUUCAAUUAGUGAAACUCCAAUUAGAUUUGCUUCUGUUUUCUUUGAUGGUGCCUAUGAUGUUUAUCUUCAGAUAAUUUGGGGGUUUGGGAGCCCUUAUUGCUAUUUAAUGUUGAGAAAUUUUAGAUGUGACAUAAAUUACUUGCCUUAAAUGGAGUUUAGUUUUAUUGCACAUGUGGCAUUUGAGUUUCAAGUAUGGAACUUUGAAGCAUGUUUAUUUUACUAGGAUCGGGAUAUAUUUCUUAAUCACAAUGAACUCUUUGUAUGGAUGUAAUAUGUCAAGCAGCUUCAAAGAAAUGCAAGAAUUAUGCUGUCCUGUUGUAACGUUUCCAAGCACUAAGGAUUUCUUGCAGAUGAUUGUCAUUUCUUGUACACUGUUCUCACAUUGAAUGAUUCCAGCCAAAAUACCCAUUGCUUCUUUGGAAAAACACACUGGCUUUUAGGUUGUGUGCUGGCAUCAUCUGUGUGGCCUGAUGAGCACACUGAGCCUUAACCUCGGGUGGCAUGAAGGGAUGAAAUAGCAGCCAUUUAAACCAACUAGUCAUAUACAUGGAUUAGAGUUUUUGGCCUUCUUUCCACUGGGUUUCUCACAGCUGUACAGCUUUUUUGGUGAAGUUAUUUACAAUACUCUUCUGUGCAGACUUUUUGCUGCACAAUAGUUGCAGCAGUUUAGAUGGCUGGAGCUGAAUGUGACGUGGUGACAACAAAUACUUCAUUUUAUCUUCUGAGGGCCUGAACUGGAGAGGUGCGCGUGGCCUUUAGGUCUGGUCCAGUUAAGUAUAUGCUCCACAUUAAGAAUGAGAGCAGUUUCAGAUAUUCCACCAUGACUCAAAGGUACUUUCUUUGUUCCAGAUGGGACCAGUAGAUACCAUCCUUCUUUGGGGUUCAGUGAAAGAUGCUUACUCGCUUUAGACUGCUGUAAAAGCCCAUGAACAUGAAGGUUUCUUUGCACUCUGACAAUGUGUAGGUUCAUCUGGUGCAAGCAAAACAUCAACCUGUACGAAUCCAGAAGAAUUAUACUUUGGAGGGAGAGGUUUGCUUACAGGCAGGCUUCUGAAUAAGUGAAGGCUGAUAAAGCAAUGGGAAUACAUUCAAAUGAACCAUGUAGUGAAGGUGGAUGCAGGAAAUGCAGAGCAGCAUACAGGAUCCUCAAAGACAGCAAGAUAGUACAGACCCUUGACCUUAAUCGUUUAUAGUAUUCCACAGUGGCAUGAAUGACAGAUAAGAAGGACACAUGCAGAAGUCCAGGUGUGGCUAAAAGCCAAGCACAGCCCUGCCAUCACAUGGCAGGAUUACCCAGCUCAUUUGCCUAUUUCUUUUAGCCAAAUAUCACAGGGCUCCAAAGGAAGAUGCUUCAGUGAACAGAAGACCUUAGGUAAAGGAGGUUAAGAAGAUCAAGCCCUAAGUGUAGAUACAAACACAUAUGUAUAUACUGUAAAUCUAAAUAGUAAUAAAAGUCACUCAGCAUGAAGGAUAUUACUAGUGCCUACCAUUGAUCAUCAACUGCUCAUCACUGAACAGCCAUAUCACCUCAGAACUGCAGUAACUGUUAUCAAAAUAAUUUGUGCAGCUAAUUAAUUUAUAAGCAAUGCACCUUUGGGACUGUGUCAUCGUAUCUCUUUUGUAAUACAAACGUUCGACCAUUUUUCACGGCUACUGAUUCAAAUCUACAUCACUGAAAUGUCAGGAUAUCUUUUUUUCCCUAGAUGAGGACAUACACUUAGACCUGGCUAAUCUGUGCUUAGUUUAUCUACCCAAGAGACUUCAGUAGUCACCAGCCUUAAUGCAUGUACAGUAUAUACUAUUCACUGACUUAGUUGUAGGUUUUAAUCCAAAUGAAAUUGGAAUUUGCAAAAUGACUUGGAUUAAUGGCAUCUGUCUCGGAUACCCUGCAGAUGUGACAUUAAAUGAUUCAUGAUUUUAAGCAGGAAAGGUUGAAUUUUAUGUAAAUAGCAGUGGAUGAAUUCCAGGAAUUUUUACAAGAUUUUUUCAAAUGAAAAGAUUGUCAAAGCAAUAUGUUGUGGGUUUGUUUGUUUUUUUUUUUUUUCCAACUGUCCUAAAUUCUGUGGAGGGUCAUGAGUUCUUGGUCAAAACUAUAUUAAGAACAUCUCCUUCUGCAAUAUGCUUUGCCUUUACAUAAUCCGCUUAAUGCUUAGUAUGUCAAAAAGAAAUGUUUCUUUUUCACAACGAGAGCAAUGUUUCCCUUCCUCCCUCCAGGGAGAAUCCUCAAACUAAAGAAUAAAAAUCACUUGGCACAAUGGAAAUACAAACAAUGCCUGAAGAAUAUGAACUUGUUAAGAUAACCGUAGAGGCUUGGCUGGCACAGACCUAACAUGCCUCUCAUUUUGAUAUCUUUCUGUUAGCAUUUACAUCACAUAUUUGAACUCAUUGUAUUUGAAACUAGAGAAGUAGUCUGAUUUUCCUAUCUUAAAAAGGCCCCAUAGGUCUGAUCAGUAUCAUAAUUGUAAUUGUUACGUUAGCUUGUGCGCUGCGCACCAAAGGCUGGGAAGGCAUGUAACUGUAGAUAAAUUUGUCAGAACUCAUUUAGAAAAGCAUUUGGAUGAUCUUAUGUCUAUUCUGUCUAGAAAAACAGAGAGCAAUGUUUCUCACCCAAUAUUGUUACAUGAAAAAUUGCCUACUAUAAUGUCUCCCAUAAAACUGCCAUUUGCCCUCCAUAACGCCAAGGUUCCAUAUCUAGCACUACCAGUUGCCAUGCUGUAAAUUGUUCUUAAGGUUAAUCAACAAACUGGGAAAGUUACUGCGGGCCCUGUUUGCCCUCAGCUCACUAAAGCUACAGAGAGGAAAAAACACUGAGAUUUGGAGCAUCCAAGGCUCUAUCCGUUUCUAAAGACUAUGGCCUCCCUCACUGAGAUGUAGCUGGAUAUUUCUGAAGUCAUCCCUUGCCUCUGCUUGCUGUCUGGCUCCUUUGCUUUUGGAAGUCUUCAAGUAUGAAUGCUCUUUCAGGGUUGUCUUCUUCUUUGGCAGCCCAAGCUCCCUUUCCACCUGGGUGCUGGAGCACGAAGCAAGUAACCCAUGGGACGCACAGAGGGUCCUGCUUUUCUCCACAAAACCAGCAGCAAUACAGCAAGGCUUCCUCUCUUCUUUUCUGCGUAGCUUGAGUCCCAGCCUCAUCCAUGCUAACCACAAAGGACUCUAGUGGGUCCAAGGGAAUGCCCAAAAAGAAAGAAUAGUGGGGAUUUUCUCUGUCCCAAGGCACUUUUGGGGAGCGAAUAUAGAGAACAGCAUGGAUCAUAAGACACUUAAGUCUCCUCUUUCUUAUGCAUAUUAACACCGGCAAACUUUAACACUUACCUGUCUUGUAGGACUUUAUGAGAAUUAAUUCAUGUGUACAAGUCACGACGCGUUCUCAGAAGAAAAGUGGUGUUAAAGAGCUGUGGAAAAAACCUGAUAGGCACAGUGGAUGAAUUUCACCCCCUAGCCCAGAGCCACAAGACCCUCAAAUGCUUUAAAUGUCAUUUAAGCUCUCAAUGUAAGUGCCAUAGUACAUAAAACUAGUGCUUAGCACCGAGGGGAGUCACAACCUAGGUGAAAUCGCCAUUCCCAGAGCAUCUGUAACUUCGAGCCUGGCAGCAAGCAAGAAUCACAAGAGUGAUUCUGGGACAAACAGUGGAGGCUAACAAAGAGGUGGGAGCCAUGCUAAGAAUUCCGUAUAUUUUUAUUUAUUUAUUAAAUGUUAGUAAGCCACUUUGUCUUUCUAUGAAAGAAGUUUGCCUCCCCAGUCUUGCCAAGAGUGUUUCUCCUAACAGCCUCGGGAACAUCCAACUUAUUUGUUAUUCCAAAUCCAUCUUCAAAUGAAUCCAGGCGGAUACCUUCUUUCAGAACAGUGCACUGCAGAAGACUAGUCACUUAACAACAACAAAAUAUCUGCGUCCAUUUGCAAUACCAGUUACUGAUCUGGGAAGUCAGAUACAUUUGGGAGCACAGUGUUCAGGGAACUACUUUCCUAAAUCAUGCCAUCAUUAGCCGGUAUCACAGGGUGAAAUUCCCUGCUCUCUUCUGAUACAUUACAUCUGGAACAACUGCAGAGCACUUCGCCAAGGACUGAAUGCCAGUCAGAACAAAUUGUUUCUACUGCUCUUCACGUUAUUCAGGCAAUGCCAAAAAACCCUUCCUCACUUAGCACUACUUACCCUUCUGUUCUCCAUUUAGGAGUCUUAUAUACGGAACCUUCACUCUAUCCACAGACAGCGAAAGAGGCAUUUACUGUGCGAACAUGCUCAACAUAGACAAGUACCAAAGUAUAGGCUCUUCUUAAGUCUUUUUUUCUAUGCAUGAAAAUAUUGGAAUUUUAAAAGGAUAUUUUCAACUGCACUUGAUACUUUGGGCCCUGCCCUCACCCAUGACAAGUCCAUCUUCCAUUUGCUCACGCAAAAUGCUUCCAUCUUUCCCCAGGAAACCACACAUAGCUAAUUAGCCAUCAUCAGUACACUAAUUCAUCUUAUGCCUUUUUUCAGCCUUUCAUUUUACCUCCCUGGUCACAGUCUGCUCUUCUUGCAGCUUUCCCAAGUUCUCAUCUUCUUCCCCUAACCGAGCAGUACUCACAGGAGUAUCUCACACAUCACAUGGAGGACAGCUCAGAGCUGCUCCAAGUAGAUCAGCACCUUUCUGCUUUCCUGUUGCUACCCCACCAGUGGGACCAGUGCCCACCUCCUCCUCCCUGUUAGUCCUAGCAAGAAACCAGUUCUCCCCUGAGGAAGAGACAGUAAGCACUGGUGACUCCAUGCAUAACUUCUGACCAGCUUUUCUUCUCUGGAUGACAAGGUGGAUGAGAAAGACCACCCAUCGGGAGACUCAAAGCCCUUACUGCUGAUGACUCAACUAGCGAGCAGCACAGCUGGAGGAGUUAAAGCAGUGCCAACACAGCCAGCAGCCUUUGGUUCAGGUGUUACUGAUUUGCUUGAAUGAGUAUUGCCACUUGGUGGACCUGCAGUAGAACCAGCAGGAACUGGCAGCCUCACACCUGUGCAAGGACCUUCACGGUGUCACAGAGGCUGUACAAUCAGCUUUGUAGUGAUUCACUGGGGUUAAGUACCAAGAGAAGGUGGGACAGAAGAGUAAAAAAAAAAAGGCCUGAUUUUAACACAGAAGUUGAGAUUCACCUCACCCUAUACUGAAAGUCUAAGCAAGAUGAAUCACACCUUACAAGCACUUGUUUCUGUCAUCUGGCUCCAGAGAUGAGUUCAGAUACCAUGAAAAUACAAACCUGACCCCAGGCUCAAGACUGCACUUGUUGCUACUGAGAGUGCCUGCUGAAAGUAGUAAAAUACCACAAGGUGCAGUGAGGCAGGACAUGGCUGACAUUGCUUUGGGAGGGAGCAGAGAAGCAGAAAAUAUGUAGGAGGUCAAGAGUUAUCUAUGAGAUAUUUAGAGUGUGUGUUUUGGACUUGGACCAUCCCUAGCCCACUCUCUAAUUCAUUAGGCCCAAAUCCAAAGAAGUAAGUAGUUCCUCAAGGACUGAACGUGCAUCUUUCUUCUACUAAGACUGCUGAAGUACCUAGAAAAUGUAUUUUACAGUUUAGUAAACAUUUAAAGGCAGUUUUUUGUAUGUUGCCUGAGAGCACAGUUGUCUUUCAUUAAAUAGAAGGUGUUUCCAUAGAUGGUCAACAAGAUCUGACCAGCUGUGACCCCACAAGAGGCCAGUAUUACUCUUCUAAUGGAAAGUCAACAAAUUCUGCAAAAGAACUCAGGCAGCAUUGCAGUUCUAUCCACAACAAACAGCAUGAAGGCAACACAAGGCCACCUAAGGCUUGUGGCCUGCCCACGCACUGCCAGUCUUGUAGCAGCUCCUGCUGGAGACAAGGCAGGAGAGUUGAGAGGUGCCAAAGAUCCUCUCCAUGUUGGCCAAGGCCAACACUUGGUAUUGGCAAACUCAUAUCUUCUUGUGCAGGGCCUCUUCAGAUGGAGAUAAAAACAAGUGUAACAAAAUAUGGCCGUACAAACUUUGACACUUUGCUAACAACGGCUCCCUACCUUCCUGUGUGCAUUAUUAAUCAAAACCUGGACUGUAGCAAUGCUUGCUGACCAAGGCCCUGUUGCAGUGGGCGCUCUACACAGAGUGACCCACAGACCUUCUUCCAAAUUGCUGCUGUCAUACAGAAGCUAAAACCAAACCACGCUGCAAGUGGGCAAGGAAAAACAAACAGGAGGGGAAGAGAGUACAGGCCUCUGAAAUAACAGGAUGUUUAAAUUUGUCACUACUUACCCAAUCAGUAGCAUUAAUCACAGUAAUCACAGUUCCCAUUUCCUAUGCUGAGUGUAGCACCAACAGUUGACAAGGCAACACGGCAGUCCCAGUGCAAGGUCCAGGUGCUGACUGUCCUCUUGGUCAGCAUGCUGAAAGUGCAUGCAGCCUACAGGGGGUAGUGGAAGUUCUCAGCCCCUUUUCACACAUUUGUCCAGAUGAGGUAGUCCACUUGUCCAGAUGAGGUACUCAAGAGUUAGACAGUGACCAAUGGUUUUGCAUUUGUUCAUAUUUCAUAUUUUAUUUAUAGCCACAAAUGUUGGCAGUUUUUUUUUUUUUUUUUCUAAAAUCAUUCAAGUCAGCAUGGUUUAUUUGCAUCUCAUAAAACGUUGCUUACGUUUCUCUCAAAGAGUGUUUUGUCUGAGGCUUCACUGACCCAGCCAAAGCUACAGCGGUUUAUAUUUCCAAUGAGAGAAAUCCUGCAACACUCCCCUACAGAGCGGGCAAUAGCGUUUACACCGGUUAAUAAACAGAGUAUUCUGUACAGUAAUUUAUGCUGUAAGAUAUGUACAUACAUCACUGUAGCAGUCACAAAUGCUUUUAAACCGCCUUAUUUAUUAGACCAGUUAGCAUUUCCCCCUUUGCUCCAGAAUACUUUAAAUUAUUUUUCUCUUUUCCAUUAGGCAAUUUUUUAGUUACUGCAUUUUUGACCCUAUUAUUGAAAAAAGAAAGCAUUUACGGUAAAUAGGUCCCUAAAAUUUAAGUAGAAAUAGCAGAUUCACUGCCCGUCCAACUAAUAUAGCUCUGAUUAUGAUUAAAAAUAAAUAUCAUAUAUUCUUAACUGUGUAUUAUAGUAUGUGCCACAAAUCAUAUUCCACUUAUGAUCAAUACAAACAAGAGCUUUAGUAACUUUCACCUAUUUCAUUCUUCCAUUCUGAGACAAAAACAUAAUAAACCUCUUGAUCUAAAAUGUUCCCCAGGAGAGCUCCAGUCUUAUUCCUCCCUCAGGCAACACUCACAUCGGCUUUGGUGGGAGCUUUACGUAGGUAAAAGUACAACAUAAGGACAUUACAAAACAAAUACAUCACCUAUGAGCAGCACUUGUCCUCGGUAGUCCUUCCUUUUCUUUCCUUAGCAAGAAAUAUAGGAUAAAUACUACAUCUGCAACACUCUUGUCUCACUCCUUCCGUUCUGCUGUACAAGUUAGAAUUAAGAUUCAGGAACAAUGUAUUUGUUCCAUUCACUCAAGCAAAAUGGAAAUCUUACGGGGAUCAGUUCCAAGCCAAACUAGAAAAUACAAGAAAAUUUUUACUUUUGUUUGUCUUCACGUUAAAUUUUGUUACACUACCAAACAGGUUCAGGCGUACAAAGGCAAUGAAAUUACUGAUGACUUGUUUUACUGUUUGGAGAUUUUGCUAUGUCCGCAGUUCAUACACAACUCAUGUAGCACAGUUUCUGGGAUGGUGAAAAAUCCUACUGUAAUGUAACAGAAUGAGCCUUAAGGAUUUGUAAGAAUAAGCACUUUUAUAUUAAAAAGCAAAUAUUAAUUCAUCAGUAAGAUUACUUUUUUAAUGUGACAAUAAACCAUGAAAUCAACAUC